CUUUGCAUCAGGUCUUAGAUGAGACUCAGAAUCAUAAAAUAUCACUCCGUGUCGAGGAAGUACUUCGUCGUGUCAGCAUUGGUCUACAGAAAAACGCUGUGUUUUUACCCGAACAAAUGUUGGUGUUUGUUUUCGGUUUGGUCAGUGAGAGAUUACCUCUGUUGGAGAAACAUCAAAGGUAUUUAUUUUCCAAUCAGCUAGAGUUCACUUUUCAUUCAUCCGAUCAAUUUUUCAUCUCAAUAUCUAAAGAACUUAUGGACAUUUUUGUGGAAACUUACUUAAUGGGCAUUCAGGACGCAAGUUAUGAAAAUGUUGUUUUUCCAAGCAGAGAUUAUUAUUUUCUGUUUAGGGGAGACGAGAGGACAACAGAUCAACAGGAUGCGCGUUUGCAACCAUCAGACACCUACAUUAUCCCUUCACAACCCUCACGUGGAGGCAAGGCGCCAGAAGUCAGUCACAGAACUAAUACGCAUGUCUUAAUCACAUUUGGACUUCAGGUAAAGUUGAGGUCAAGUCGGUUCUACACAUGCUCGUGUUUUGUUUACUCGUAUGCUAGCUUUUUUUAUAUAAAUAGCUCUCUUAGUAGAACAGUCUUGAAAUAAUAGAGCUGUCCAGUUUAAACGAAGUUGGUUUAGUUUCGGUUUCCUCCUGUAGUAACACUGGAUCAAUAAGAGAUGACGCUUACUGGACCUCCAGGGAUUAGAACUGAUUGAGCUAUCCAGUAUAAAUAAAGUUAGUUUAGUUAAGUUUCCUGAUGUAGUAACACUGGAUCAAUAAGGGAUGAUCCUACUGGAUCUCUAGAGGGAACAGUUUAGAAUCCAUACAGCUAUACAGUGAGGUGGAUGGCUUAGUCAGUUAUCAUUUUCAACACACAUUUUUUAUGUGCCCCAUUAUUGAAAAGCGAAAGAGCUAAUAAUACUGAACAAUGCUAUUUAUUUCUAGCUUUUGUUGACAGCAUUAAAAAGGCAGAAGUUAGUUUCAACAGACGAACAACACUCUAAGAUGCUUGAUCCAUUUGUUUCCAUUUUGACUGAUGCCUUAAACUCGAAACAUGUCAAGGUAAAAUUGGUUUGAGAUAUUUUUCAGCCAGUUCAAACACAGACCAAGACAGUUUGUGAUAGAAAAGUAGCAACACUGGAGCUUUAGGCAUCUCUUCAGGUAGUUCAGACACAAACCACGUCAGCUUAUUGUAGAAUACUAUCUACAAUGGACCACCACAUUUGAGAUAUCGUUUUCAGGUAGUUCAGACACAAACCACGUCAGCUUAUCGUAGAAUACUAUCUACACUGAACCACCACGUUUGGGAUAUCUGUUUCAUGGAGUUCAGACACAAACAACGACAGCUUAUUGUAGAAUACCUCCUCAGGAUCGCAUGUUUGAGAUGUCUUUUUCAGGCAGUUCAGAACAUAGAUAUCUUAUAUACACUAGAUAGCGCAUCUCUUUUAGUAAAAUUGAAGCCAAGAAUAUUCCAGCGGUUACCCCCAUUUGAAUAGAUAGCGGCCAUGUUGGUCGUUCCCACUUUCUAAUAAACGCUUAAAAACAACAAUAACUUUCAUCAUUUGAAUACUUUAAAAACGUAUUUGUAAUAGGUUUAACUUAAUAUUUAAGUUCCCUGUUUAAGAAAUAGAAAACAUACAAAUCUCCUCAUUUCAUGGGAACGACCUGAGACUGCAAUCACAGCUUCAAUUUUUGAAUUGCAGAAUAAUUAGAUGCACUAUCUAGUGUAUAUAAGAUAUCUAUGGUUCAGAAUCGCUAUUAUACUGGACGCUUCUAAAAUCACCAAUGCAUUUUCUAGAUAACAACAAUAGCACUGCGAUGCCUAUGCUGGGUCGUCCGGUUCCCCCUGCCUUCAUUCAAGACACAUGUCAUUGAUAUAGCCAGUCGCUUGUUCAAGUUACUCAAGAAUCACGCCCGGACGGGGGGAGCGUCCGGCGAUAAUUAUGAAAUGGUAUUAUCAUCAUUUAAGGUAUGUAUAUAGUGAUCACUGUAUAGUUAGCUAACUUGUUUGGCCAGAUUAUCGAAUAUUCGAAUAAUAAUAAGGGGUAAAUAAUGUUCGAAUAAUAAUAACUGUGAAUAUUAAAUAUUUCAGACAAUCACAGUUCUGAUCCGAGAUUUUACCGAGCUUAAAGUGACAGAAAGACAACUUAGGGUGAGUGAGAGAAUUUCAGUGAGCAACAAAAGUCGUUAGUUCUGAGCUGUCCAUGAAGGAAAAUGAAUUUAUUUAAGAAUUAUAUCCUAGUUCAAACAUUUUAUUUCAUAUUUUCAGAUUCUGCUCACAUUUGUUGAAGAAGAUAUACAUGAUUACACGCGACAAAGCAGCGCUUUUCCCUUGCUCAAGGUAAAAUUAUGUCGUCCUUUUUAUCAAAACGGGGUUGUCGGCAUCCUCGUUCCCAGGGCUUCUCGGCUGCCUGCGUUGGCAGCCAAGAAGCCCUGGGAACGAGGAUGGGUUGUUGGUAUAGCGCAUUGUGCCUUCUACCUCUGUGCAAGGUUUUCAUUCCUGUAAUAUGUAGUUGUCUUGUCAACAUUGUUGCGACCAUCUAGUCUAUCAGGAAUCAGGAUAUGAUGAUCUGUAAACUAAACAGAUUUGUUUGUUAUAUGUUUUUGUCUGAGUUUGUGCGCGGUCACGGUGAUUGAGCUCGUUGUAUUUUCGUAUAAUUAAGUAAUCGUCCAAUAGGGAUAGCUGAGAUGAAACGUGCAGUCACAAUGAAUAAUACUUAAUAAAGUUGAGACAAAGGAUUUGUGCACGGUGAGGUACAGUUCAACAUCAAACAAGUUCUUCUAUUUUCUGGCUUUGAAGUUUUCAGGAAUUCCAGCAGUGGCGUAACGUUAUAUCAGGGGGCCGCCGGUUCAAAAUUUUCGAAGGCCCCCUGGUAGAAGUGCCAAAGGCACGAGUUGAGCGCCGUAUAUGCACGAGUUUUCUGGGGGUCCAGGGCAUGUUCACCCGGAAAUCCUUUUGAAUCUAGACUCUCUGAAUUACCAUUUCCCGGACUUUGGGCCGAGAUUUUACAGAAUUCUGAUGGUCAGAAAACGACAUUGUGACAUAUCAGAGGCCCUGGCGAAGGGUUUUGCUCUGCAGUUUGAGCCGGGGGCCCCCAUUUUGCCCAUUGGGAUUGGGGGGAGGGGGGCCGGGUUCGCCCGGUCCGAGACCAUCAUAUCUUACUAGACUAUGUCGCGACGUGUUGAUAAGCUUGGCAAGUGGUGACAUUUUUACGCGUGUACGCCAUAUUAAUCUCUUGCAAAUUCAUUCUUUAUUCCUUCCAGGCAAUUUUGUCUCGUAAACUACAAGCGUCGGAGAUAAACGACGUGAUGCUUAAGGUGGCUGAGUUGUCUGUGACGGAUCAAUCAUCGACCGUUAGACUCCAAUGUAGACAGGUCAGUGGGAUAUACUGAUCUCGAUACGCUACUGAACUCAAGUAGUGAUUAAACAACAAUUUGUCAAACAAUUUUUCCUAAUAUGAAAUAUAUAUUUGAUAUCUUCUAUUAGGUUCUAUUACAAUAUUUACUGGAUUAUCCGCUGGGGAAAAAAUUGAAACGUUACUUGCAAUUUUUUAUCAGUCAACUUGAGUAAGUUUUUCAUUUGUGCACUUAAAUAUAGGCCCCAGUUCGUAGGAGUCGAGGUCCAGUGUAGGUAGUAUUAUACAAUAAACUGUCGUGUUUUGUAUCUGAACUACCUGAAAAAGACAUCUCAAACGUGGUGGUCCAGUGUAGGUAGUAUUCUACAAUAAGAUGUUGUGGUUUGUGUAUGAACUACCCGUGAAAAAGGUUUCUCAAACGGGUGGUCCAGUGUGGGCAAUUUCUACAAUAAGCUGCCGUUGUUUGUGUCUGACUUAAUCUCAAAUAUGAUGGUCCAGUGUAGAUAGUAUUCUACUAUAAGCUGUCGUGGUUUGUGUCUUAACCGCGUGGAAAUAUAUAAGCCGAACUGAUAGAAAUAACCUACAAUUAGAAUUAGUUUAGUUUAGAUUUCCUGUUUUGGUAACUUUGGGGGUGUGAUGGCUUCCGUGUGCAUGACCUCUUUAGUAUAUUAAUAAUAAAUUUAGUUGAUUUUUGAUGGUGGAGGGGCGUAAAUUCCAAAAAAAUAUCUAGCAUACCAGGAACUGAUAAAAAAUAUCGACUUUGGGAAAAAUAUCAUGCGGAGUCGAUGAGGCCAGAAAAAAAGUCGAGCACUUUCAAAAAGCCCCCUCCCCCCAAUCAAAAAUCAAAUGGUCCGUCCCUUGAAUACGAAUCCGUUUUUCAUUUAUACAAAUGUCUCGUUUAGAUAUGAACAUUCUAGUGGUCGAGAGUCGACCCUGGAAAUGCUGGUAUCCAUUGUCAACUCCUUUCCAGAGGUAGAUCUUUAUUUUUUAUUUCUUCAUUUUUCUUUCUAUGUGAAUACAUUUUUCAUCCGAUUAACUCCGUUGAUAACAAGACUCUCCCUUGCAUGACGAGUAAAAUCACCUGGCGUUAGAUUGAAUAAAACAAUACUCAAGUGAGGCUCACUAAGUUACUUACACUUUAGAAUUUUUACAAAGUGCAUGUUGUGAAAACGUGAGAAAGUCGAUAAGCCCCACAGACUCCAUCUUUGUUCCUUUUGUGUAAAAUAUAAGUAAAUUCAAAAUUAAUGCCGUUGUAUACUUCUUUUUUUCCGCAGAAAGUCGUGUACAUUAACUCGGGGCUGUUUUUUCUACCACUUUGCAUGAGACUAGUGAACGAUGAGUCGGUCAACUGUCGAAAAUUAACGGCUGCUGCGAUCAAGGCCUUGAUAGAGAAGGUAAGUUUCGUGUAUAUUAAAUUUAAUACUUUAUUUAUUACUGUAUAUUUAUGUCAGUUUCAAUCGAGAUCCAUGCAGUAAAGAUGUCCAGUAAGGAUCAUCUCUUAUUGAUCCAGUGUUACUGCAGGAGGAAACCUAAACUAAACUAACUUUAUUUAUACUGGAUAGGUUUAUCAGUUCUAAACUGUUCUUCCUAGAGGUCCAGUAGAAAUCAUCUCUUAUUGAUCCAGUGUUACUACAGGAAUAAUGUAAUUCUCCCUGCAUAGAGGCCGUCCAGUAAGAUUCCUCUCUUGCUGGUCCAUGCAGUUUUACUACAGAAGCCGCUAACCUAAACUAAUUUUAUUUGAUAGCUUUAGCAGUUCUAAGCUAUCUUCCCUAGCCCUAGGGGCUCUGUAAGGAACAUCCCUUAUUGAUCCAGUGUUACUACAGGAGGAAACCUAUAAACUAUGCUAAGUAACUUUAUAUAUACUGGAUAGCUCUAUCAGCUCUAAACUGUUUUCCCUAGAGGUCCAGUAAUAACCACUGGAAAAAAAAGUGAAAUCCAUACCACGAAAUUUGCAAUUGCACCACUAAAUCCAUAGUAUAUCCAUACUAUUUCGAUACUAUAUCCAUACUAUGGAAAUUAUGGAUAACCAAAAUCCAUUCUAUUUCCAAUGAAGGUCCCUACAAUUUCCAUUCUAUGACCUUCUAUGGAUUUUCAAAUUGUUUCCAGUGAACCUCGCAAGCCAUGAUCCUUCGCAGCGGGCGGGCUGCCCCCUAAAAAUACGGCGAAAUUACCAUGGCUUGCGAGGUUGGUCCAGCAAAUACCGGCCUUUGUGAUGUUUUAAAUUUUCUUUUGUUUAUUUUAUUUGCAGCUCGAUGUCGAACGGAGAGAUAAUUUGUUUGGCAUUGUUAUGACUUGGAUGAACGAGAAUAAGGUAUAUAGAUAUGUAUGUAUGAAGAAGGCAUUUCUGUUUUGUCCACGUGGUAGCAAUCUCAAGCAAUAUUGCCUUUCAUAGCAUUUUUGGAAAGUAAAUAGGGCAUAUUCUACGUAUUAUAUAGUUGCUCUUUCUGGGAUAAAUUUGUAUUGCAUGCUUGCCUUGGGCAUGCGUUACGUAAGUUCGGCUUCGAAAAUCACAAAGGUGUCUUCACUUUUUGCUAUUCUAAUGGCAACGUGUGGCUGAAAUUAUUAAACGUUUUUGCACCUAAAGUACCAAGGAUCGAUUGUACUGUCACCACAUUUAAAUUUAAAUUAACUAGGAUUUUACUGUCACCAGGAAAUUCGAAAAUUAGGAAAUUCAUCGAGUUUGGCGAACGACGCUAAGGGUAACAUAAACUUAAGUUAACUUUUUGUGUUCUUUCUUUUCAGACAAGUCUUCAAAGACUGUCCUGUCAUGUUUGUGGAUUAUUCGUUGAGGUGGAAAGCAAGUCGUUCGACCGCCGUCUCACUGAUGUAUUACCACUCUUGUUUGACAUUAUAAAGCCAGAUAAUUACAAUGAUAAGGUAUUUCAUAGGAAUGUUAUUGUAUAUUUAUGUAUUUAAAGAUUCCAGGUAGGGAUUUACUUGGUUAUUUAUCAUUCGCCUUAUCCAGUAUCCUUUAUAUACCACAAACCGCCAUGGAUAUAAGGUAUCCAUUAUAGCCACAAACUGCAGUGGCUAUAUAAGGUAUACUGAAAUUCCGUGUCCUUUAUAGCCACAAACCGCCGGCUAUAAGCUAUACUGGAAUCCGUUCAUCUUUUAUAGCCACAAACCGCCGUGGCUAUAAGAUAAACUGAAAUCUUGUAACCUUUAUAGCCACAAACUGCCGUGGCUUUAAGGUGUACUUUUGAUCUUCAAAAUUGUCCAUUGUUUAAAUCUAGGACGAAGGGAGACAAAAGGAGACAAUAAGUGAUCAUUUGUUGAUAAACGCUUUGAUGACCCUCACAAAAAUCUUGCAAGAAUGUUCAGUUUUGGAAGAAAAAGGAAAAGCCAAAAUGACUGCGGAUGCCUGGGGUAAGAGUUUAAUUUUAACCAUUAUUUUGUUUCAACUGGUAUGUUUGGCGUCAUUUUUUGUAUUAUUCAAACGUUGUUUUUUAGAUUCAAUUUUGAGUCAUUUGACUUUUCCUCACACUUGGGUGCGGUUCAUGGCAUCGCGUUUGUUUGGUCUGUUGUUUUCUCAACACAGUCCAGAGGAUUUGAUUCAAUUAUCGAAAGAAAGCUCCAUGGAAGAAUAUUUGGUUAUAGACAUUGGGAAGAAGGUGUGAAAUAAAUUAGUACUUUGCAUCCUAAAAACGUGCAUCAAAAGUAGACCUUAUAUUUAGUCCCUAACCCUAAUGGAAACUCUCAAAACUCAAGGCGUCUAUAUGGUUUUAUGUUGAAAGAGCUUCGCAGUGUACAAAUCUUUUAAAAUGUUGCUUCUUUAUUUUGCAAUUGAUGCAAAUAGAUGAUUGUUUGACCAUACCACGAUUUCAUUAUCUCCACCAUGCACAAGCUUGCAUAAAUAUUAACAAAAAAAUACAACACAAAGACCUUGCUUGAGUUUUCGGAGCAUAUCUUCUUUUUCACUAUAUACAGCAGAUGUUUUAACGUACAGUAUUUUUGUUGUUGUUUAGAUUUCUUUGCUUUGUGAAGCGUUUCUUGAACAAUUGAAAACACAACAUCUUGAUCCUGAACUUGGUGAACAAGUAAUAUUAAAACAAUAAUUGAUGUAUUUUGGUUGACCUCUAGGAAGAACAGUUUAGGGAUUUUUUAUCAUUUCAGGGGAUUUUUUAGCAAGUUCCAGAUUAGGUGGAUAGUUUAGCGAAGUUCUUCUAAAAUAUCAAACCAUCAUAUUGAUGGAUUAGCAAAUGAUGCUAAACAAUGCGAGAGAUGCAUGGUGUAGCAAAUUUCUUCUAUGAUGCAAAACCAUAGUGGCCUCUCUUAGAACAAUUGGAAAACAGUUUAGAACUGGUGGAGCUAUGCUGAAUAAAUAAAGUUUGUUUAAUUUAAUCUUGCUGCAUGAAGUAACGCUGAUUAAAUGAUCCUGACUGGACUUCUAGGAGAACAGUCUAGAGCUAUCAAGUACAUGACUAACUUUGUUUAGCUCAGGUUUUCUAAGCAUAGUAUAGCUAGUUAUGCUGGGCGUAAGUUAGAAAAGAAUAUUCGGCUAAAUCUUGGCUUCUCCGUUUGCAGGUCGUAAAGAAUAUGUUUUAUUUGAGCAAACUCGUCACAUUAACGGAGAAAGAAAUUUCAGACGGUUUUGUUGUGUCUCCUAUAACUGAGGAGGCUUCUGGUCACGUGACAAUAUCAUUGUUGCUAACCAAGAUGUGCAAUAUCGCAAAAUACGAGUCUUCACAGACACCGAAAUUGACUCAAAAGGUUGGUACAUACUAAACGAGACACGUAGUGGUAUGAUCUAGUCUAUUCAUUGCUAAAUUUUCAAAUCGUCAAUCUGUGUUUCUUGUAGCGUUUCAGUGUAUUCCGUUGGAUUGCUGCCGUUGGAUCGUACUUGGGUAGCGAGGGUGUUCGUCCAUAUCUUAUUCAAAUGCUCAAACCUGUUUAUCGCGAACUUGAUGGUGGAUCAACUUUUGUUGGUAAGUCUUCCCCCCCCCCUCCCCUCGCCCCAGUAUAAUAAAUGACUAUACUAGCCACGAAUAGCUUUGUAAAACGAGUUAUAGAGACAAUUUAGCACAUACAUGGUGGUUUUGUUUUACAGACGAGAAACUACGGGAGUUGGUACAAGAGGUUGCAGAACUGUUUAAGGAUCUUGUUGGCCACGAAAUAUUCUCUCAAUCUUACACGGCAGCAAAGCAGAGUGCUACCGAAGCAAGGGCAAAGCGGAAAAUGCAGAAUGCGUUUGAGGUGAGAACCAUUUGGAACUAUUUAAGUAAUCGAUAAGGCACGAGUAUAUGAAUAAAUAUAACGUUCUUGCAACCCUGGCUAUAAAUCACGUAAAUACGACGAAAAUGGCUUCCAUCUUAUCAUAAAACAUAAUCAAGCUAGAUUACUUCAAAAACUCUUACUUUAUUAGAUCAGCAAAACUUUGGAAUAGUCUACCCACCGAGAUAAAGACUUGUUAUAGUUUAUCUUCGUUUAGAACACUCCUAAUUAACUUUUAUAAUAGCAAAUCAAUAAUGUAUAUAUACAAACUUCCUAUACCCGUAGCUAAUGUUGAUUUGCUGUGUACUAAGUGUUUGUAAUGUUUGUAAAUAUACAGUGAUGUAAAGUUAUGGGGACUUUCAGGGAACCGCUAUAUUUUCAGUUAGGGCCUUCGUUCGUUCAUACACCGAGAGUAUACGAAGUGCCUAUAGUUAUAAGGGGUCAGAUAUUAAUUGGGACGAAAGUCCUGUUCCUCAUCCCAAUCACGUGCGUUGUUUUAUAACAUGUUAUGCAUCUAUAUCAGUGUCAGUGUAAAGAUUAGUGACGAAUUUAAAAAUAAUCGCGGCAAAAAAUAAAUGUCCAUUGAUGAGUUUUUGAAUGUAGAAACUAUUAUAUAUUUCCCAUAUAUUAGAUUAGUAAAAACCAUGAUGUUUAAUAUUUACCAUUUAUGGUACACUUUAUUUUUUCUUUUGCACAGGAAAAUACCAUUACAGUGAAAAUACAAAAGGUGUCCCACUUCCGCUUCUGUAGUUUGUUGUGAUUUACUGUAAUUUUUUCUGUAGCGAUUACCAAUUUAUCGGCAAAUACCGCGAUAAAACUUAGUUUUCUUUAUUUUUAAAUAUGAUAAUUUGUAGCGAAGGAAAAUAAUACAUUUUUCUCUAGUUCAUUGCAUAAAAGGUACGAAAUUUAAAUUAUAUCGCAGUAUUUGCCGAUAAAUCGGUAAUCGCUACAGAAAAAAACAGAACCAAUUACAGUAAAUCGCAACAAACUACAGUAAAUCACAACAAACUACAGAAGCGGAAGUGGGACACUUUUUGUAUUUUCACUGCAAUUAACAAUUAUUCAGCGAAGCCGAAGGCGAGGUGAUUAUCGGUGAAUAAAAACCGAGACGAAAUCGAGGUUUUUAUUCACGAUAAUAAAUCACCGAGCCUGAGCCCGAAUCCCAAGACGUGUUAGAAUAUUUCUCGCUAAUAAUUAUUGUAUCUUUAAACCUGUUAAGAUGGUCGCCAACCCAGAAGCGAGCGUUGCCAAGAAAAUGAAAAGAAAUGUCGCCAAGAAGGAAAGUCGAAAGAGAAAACUGGACUCAAAAAAACCUAUGCGAAAAUCAAAGAAAAUUAAAACUUAUAGUUUGUAAGGAUUUUAUGCGAUAUUAUUAUUAUUAUGAAAGGUCAAAUGACACUACUUUUUAAAAGAUACUACUUUAUUUAUUUUUAUUCAUAAAAGGCCUUGGAAACGGUUUAUUAGGAUACUCUUGGACUUUCAGAAAACAGGCUAGGAAAUAAUGUAUCCUAGUUUGCUGGCCCACCGUCAAGAACUUGGCUGGGAAAUAAUGUUUCCUGGUUUUCCCACGUUCAGAAAAUAUGACAAGGCCACAAUUUUUUUGGAAUUGUCAACAAUGAGUGAAUAUGGAUUGAAAAUAGUGUUUGGUUUUUGUUCGUUUUUGGGAAACAUGACCAAAAGGAAAAUAGUUCCCGAGAAAUGGUUCUUACUUCUUAGUAUGCGAGCAAACCAGGUAACAUUGUUUCCUACCCUUGGUUUUCGAAGGUGGGCAAUCCAGGAAGCAUGCAUUGUUUCCUUGCCAUGUUUCUUGAAAAUGGGCAAAUCAGGAUCGAGUACAUGCAUAAUUCAUUACAUUAUAUUUCUAUUUGUUUGCCUUCGUAUUGGAAGAAUAUUAAACGUACAACAUAAAUAUCCUAAUCAUUAUAAAUCUUGCUAAAUUAUUUGGCACAACCCUGGGCUCAACCAUGCAAUCUCCGAUUCUGC